GUCUCCUCCUCACACGGCCCGUGUUGUCCACUACCGCCGUCUACUCCUCACACGGGCCGGAUUGUCCACUACCGUCUUCUCCUCACACGGCCCGUGUUGUCCAGCUCCGUGCUGCCGCUUCACUCGAGCCGAGCGGGCUGUCCGUGCGCCGGUUUUCCCGCCCACCUGGGCCGGGCUGUCCGCUCGGACCUCCCUGGCGCCGAUUGGCUGCUCCGGGCCUAUGUUGAUGUUUGAACGGCGCUGACGGUUGCGGCGGGCGGGGGCGGGACGGGACAGGACGGCAGAGAGAGAGAGAGAGAGAGACCGGGUCGGGGACAGAGAGAGGGCCCGGGCCGCCAUCGCCACUCACUGCGCCUCUCCGCCAUGGCCGGCUUCCUCAGCGGCCUCCUCAGCGGCCUGGGCCGGGCCCUCGACCUGCUCGGCUUCAUGCUGGACCUCAACUUCUGGCUGGUGUCGACGGCGGUGGCCGCGGUGUCGGGGCUGCUCCACCUGCUCGUCGCCAUCCCCGGCGCCACCGUGUCCCUGCUCGGCCUCUGCUACAACCUGCUGAGUGUGCCGGUGCUGGAGGCGGCCGAGCUGGCCCACUGCGGCCUGCAGCUCGCCAUCGGCCUGCUGUGCAACCUGCUGAGGGCGGUGUGCGGCCUGGCCGAGAGCAUGAAGAUGGUGGGACACCUGUUCUCCUACCUGAGCCUGCGGGGACGCGAGGAGCUGCAGCACGGCCUCGCCACCACCUUCUGCUCUGGACACCUCCUCCUCAAGCAGCUGUGGGACGCGGCGGGCAUCCUGGUCAGCCUGGCCGCCUACCUGGUCAACACUAUCAUCAACAUGUUCCUCAUUGGGACCCAGAACCUGCUGUCGGCGGCCGCGGUGCUGGGCGACCCUCUGGUCAAGGUCGUGGAGGCUCUGGCAUCAAUUCUGACCUAUUUGUCCAGCAGUGUGGUUGGAAACGUUAUCCUUCUCUGGACCCCAUGCCAGUUUGUGAUCGAAGUCCUCAUCUCCCUCUCCAGAGUCCUGGCCGACUUGUUUCUCCUUAAUCUCUACGGCCUGACCAUCACCUUUCUCAUCAUCUCCAGCACAACGAUCUAUGCAAACCCAGAGAUAAUAUUGAGGAUUAUUAACCACCUGACUCUCCAUUUGAAUACUGGUCCAAACCUUAACCGGAUAAGAAGGGAUGUCCUACAUAUCUGUAGGCUGGUGGUGACCAAUGUUCAGUUAAUGGUCAACUCGGAGACUUGGAGGCAAUUGUACAGUCAGCUGCAGAGACUGAACCCAGGGUAUGUGAACUUCUGGCCACUUGACCAAAUAAGGCGGAUUCAAGCUUAUCCCGAAAGGAACUUGGAAGACCAAACAGCUGUACAUCAACAACCAGUUAAUCAGCUGGAACAAACAAAUUCCAACCCAGUCCAAGGGGAUAACAACACUACCAGGUGGCAGCGGCAGCGGCAGACUGUGGACCAGAACUCUCUACCUGGAGAAACCGGAGAUGCUCCUUUGAGACCAGCACGCACCAAGGACAAAAAUGGCAAUGUCCCUGUGGAAAAUGAACUCUGGAAGCUCUUGAAGGAGCAGGAAGAACGAAAGAAAUGUGUCAUCUGUCAGGACCAAGCAAAGUCUGUGUUACUGCUUCCAUGUAGACACCUGUGCCUCUGUCAAGGCUGCACGGGUAUCCUCAUGCAACAGCAUAUCUACCAACGCAAUUGCCCACUUUGCAGACAAAUGAUUUUACAAACCCUGGAUGUGUAUUUCUAAUCAACUGUUUGAAAAAGCUUGGACACUGUUCAUUGGCUCGGGAGAUAUAAAGACUGAAACAGAUAUAACCAUACUCACUGAGGUUUUCAGCAUCUGCAGGCUUCUGCUUUCCUGUGAACUGGAUCAUUAUGCCACUGCCUGCCAAAGGCAAACUGCUUUCCCAGACACUGCCUAUCAAGCACGCAAAGCUCAAGGUGUGAAAAUGCAUCAUUUAGUAGUGCUGCAUAAUAGGCUGUAAUAAACCAUAGCCUGUUUUAUCUCUCACCCAGUUAUAUUUUAUGUGUAGGAAGGAACUGCAGAUGCUGGUUUACCCCAAAGAUAAACACACAAUGCUGGAGUAACUCAGCGAGACAGGCAGCAUCAAAGAUCCUAGAGGAGCAAGAUAGACCACUCGUCCGAAAUCCAAUGGGCUGACGUGUAGUACGUGACGGAACGUCACGGCCGCCAUUUUUUAAUGCGACACGCGACUUCCGGUAUGCCACCCGCUGUGAUCCAAAGCAAAGAUUAUAGAGCUCCGCUAUAAUCUUUGAUCCAAAGCAAAGAUCCUCGAGUAUCUUGUAGCGGGAACAGCCCCCUCCUUUGUGUAGUUUCCCUUGCAUUGUAUUGCUUUAACACACACUGCACAAAAUUAAAUUUAACGUAUACAUAUUAUAUAUAUUUAUAUGAAUGUGUGUCUGUGUGUGAGAGGCAAGUUAGAGAUAAUUAAGUUUAUUCUCAUGGAUCAGAAGCAACUUUGAUUUAAAUAAUCACUAUUAAUUUAUUUGUCUUGUAAGAUGAUAUACAUAAACCAUAAAGGCAAUUAUAUAUAUAAUUAUAUAGUAAUAAUUGGAUAGUUAUAUGGAUGGGAAGGGAAUGGAGGGUUAUGGUCUGAGCGCAGGUAUAUGGGACUAGGGGAGAUUAUGUGUUCGGCACGGACUAGAAGGGUCGAGAUGGCCUGUUUCCGUGCUGUAAUUGUUAUAUGGUUAUAUGGUUAAUAAUAUAUAUAUGCAUAUAUAUAUAUUUAUACACACAUAUAUAUAUACACAUACAUAUAUACACACAUACAUAUAUACACAUACAUACAUACGUAUACACAUAUGCACACAUACAAAUACACGCAUACAUAUGGAUACAUUUAUAUGCAUACAUACACACAUAUAAACAUAUAUAUACAUACAUAUAUACACACAUAUACAUAUACAUGCAUAUAUACACAUACAUGCAUAUAUACACAUACAUAUAUAUUUAUACAUAUGAUUAACAUGUAGAGGAACCAACGAGAGAGCAGGCUAUUUUAGACUGGGUAUUGAGUAAUGAGGAAGGGUUAGUUAGCAAUCUUGUUGUACGUGCCCCCUUGGGCAAGAGUGACCAUAAUAUGGUUGAGUUUUUCAUUAGGCAGGCAGUGACUAGUGGGGUACCGCAAGGUUCAGUGCUGGGACCCCAGCUAUUUACAAUAUAUAUUAAUGAUCUGGAUGAGGGAAUUGAAGGCAAUAUCUCCAAGUUUGCGGAUGACACUAAGCUGGGGGGCAGUGUUAGCUGUGAGGAGGAUGCUAGGAGACUGCAAGGUGACUUGGAUAGGCUGGGUGAGUGGGCAAAUGUUUGGCAGAUGCAGUAUAAUGUGGAUAAAUGUGAGGUUAUCCAUUUUGGUGGCAAAAACAGGAAAGCAGACUAUUAUCUAAAUGGCGGCCGACUAGGAAAAGGGGAGAUGCAGCGAGACCUGGGUGUCAUGGUACACCAGUCAUUGAAAGUAGGCAUGCAGGUGCAGCAGGCAGUGAAGAAAGCGAAUGGUAUGUUAGCUUUCAUAGCGAAACAAUUUGAGUAUAGGAGCAGGGAGGUUCUACUGCAGUUGUACAGGGUCUUGGUGAGACCACACCUGGAGUAUUGCGUACAGUUUUGGUCUCCAAAUCUGAGGAAGGACAUUAUUGCCAUAGAGGGAGUGCAGAGAAGGUUCACCAGACUGAUUCCUGGGAUGUCAGGACUGUCUUAUGAAGAAAGACUGGAUAGACUUGGUUUAUACUCUCUAGAAUUUAGGAGAUUGAGAGGGGAUCUUAUAGAAACUUACAAAAUUCUUAAGGGGUUGGACAGGCUAGAUGCAGGAAGAAUGCUCCCGAUGUUGGGGAAGUCCAGGACAAGGGGUCACAGCUUAAGGAUAAGGGGGAAAUCCUUUAAAACCGAGAUGAGAAGAACCUUUUUCACACAGAGAGUGGUGAAUCUCUGGAACUCUCUGCCGCAGAGGGUAGUCGAGGCCAGUUCAUUGGCUAUAUUUAAGAGGGUGUUAGAUGUGGCCCUUGUGGCUAAGGGGAUCAGAGGGUAUGGAGAGAAGGCAGGUACGGGAUACUGAGUUGGAUGAUCAGCCAUGAUCAUAUUGAAUGGCGGUGCAGGCUCGAAGGGCCGAAUGGCCUACUCCUGCACCUAAUUUCUAUGUUUCUAUGUUUCUAUUAUUUUCCAACGAUCAAUAGAUUUACGAUCAGUUCCUGUGGAUUGGAGGAUAGCUAAUGCUAUCCCACUUUUCAAGAAAGGAGCGAGAGAGAAAAUGGGGAAUUACAGACCAGUUAGCCUGACUUUGGUGGUGUGAAAGAUGCUGGAGUCAAUUAUUAAAGAUGUAAUAAUGGGGCAUUUGGAUAGCAGUAAAAGGAUUAGUCCAAGUCAACAUGGAUUUAUGAUUUUACAAUGCAUUUAAGCUUCUCCCAUUUUUAUGAGAUGCAUUCCUGGAAUAUGUAGGAAGUUUAUUGUAACCUAGUGCUACUUGCCUGAACAAUGGAUGAUAUAUCACUUAAAUGCAAUUGUUUUCAGUUGUGUGGAGAGACCUGUAUAUUGAAAAUGCGUUUUGCCUCUAAUAUGUCAAUUUACCUUAAAUGUAGAAGAGCUUAUUAAAAUCUUCUUACAAAGACCAUUAAGUAUUUUCUUUCUAUCCUCUUUUGGACCCAAGGCAUAGCAGAGCUGCCAACUCUCACGAAGAGGUAAGGGAGGGAGAGAUGGAAGGGAGGGAGAGA